CUCCGUCCUCCAGGUGAUGGCGCUGGCGGAGGCUGCGGAGGAGAACCGGGCGCUGCUGGAGGAGGCGUUUGUCCGUUUGCGGAGCGCUACACAUCUGCUGGUGCUGCUACUGUCGCUGUGGCAGGGCCUGACCCCUGACCAGACGGCCAUCCUGGAGGCCACACUGCUGCCGCUGCUGCAGGACACACCUCAGCUGGGUUGGGAGGAGAGCUGUGAUGCUGCGGUCUCCCAUCUCCUGCGAAGCUGCCUUUCGCGGAGCCCCAAGGACCAGGCCACAUCUCUGGCCCAGGCGGGAGGCCCUGUGCUGGGCAUCCCUCGUGACACCGCCCGCCUCAAGAAGCACAUCACCCUGCUGUGCGAUCGCAUCGGCAAGGGAGGCCGCCUCACCCUGGCCUCUGAGGCCAACGUCCAAGUCCCCAUCCAGGUCCAGAACCUGGCUGCUCCCGGAGGUGUUGAGCCCAUUGCAGAGGUUGCUGGUGACGGGGAAGAGCAGGAACUUCCACAUGAGGCGACCAAGUUCAUCAAGAAGAAACAGCCAUCUAAGAAAGUCAAGAAAGAUAAAGAUUCCAAAGAGAAGAAGGAGGUGAUAUCAGAGGCCAGUUUGAAAGAAGAAGCGGGAGGCGCAGAGGAGCCUCUCAAGGAGGCUAAAAAGGAGAAGAAGGAGCCAUCCAAGGAGAAGAAGGAGUCAAAAAAGGAGACAAGCAAAGAGGCUAAAGAGGAGACAAAGAAGGAGUCCAAGAAGGAAUCAUCCUCCUCCAAGGAGAAGAAGGAGUCAUCAAAGGAGAAGAAGGAGAAGGAGGGGAAGGAGGCCAGCAAGGAGUCAGGGGACAAGAAAGUGUCCAGGAAGUCAUCUGUAAAAGUGAAAGAGAAGAAGAAGGAGCCAGAAGCUGGAGAAGGCUGACAGGAGCAAUGCAAUAAGCUGACAUGAUAUGCAUACAAACACAUACACAAACAAAACACAAGAUACAUGUCAAAACAUUAUACACAUACACAGAUCGCUCAUAUAAAUAUACAUAUAUGUAUGUCCAUGUAAACAUAUAUAAGGAGCACAACUCGACACCACACACAUACACACUGACAUAUGCAGUUUACAUUAUAUAUUUACAUGUAAAUAUACUCAUUCAAGGCCAUAUAUCUCAGUAGCAAAGCAGUUUCCUCCCAGAUGCAUAUUUACAUUGUCUAGUAAUAACCGAUCCUCACACACAUGCUCUGUGUCUCUGGGCUGCUGCUGCUGAACCACGCCACAUCCAGUAGUUUUGGUGUGUGUGCGCUGUGGUGAGGUCUGAGCCCACGGAGAGCGAGGAAGAAGGCAAAAUCCUCCUCCUCGCUCUUUAGACAUUUCGCUGACUCUCUACUUCCUCCUCCUCCUCCUUGUCUUCGUCUAGCCUCAGAAGCAGUUGAACCCACAGCCCUGAGCCUCCCUAAUCCCAGUCAGGCCCCAAACCACCCCCCGCGCGCCCACGCUCACUCCUGGAUGUGACGUCGGACCCGCCCUCUCGCCCCCUCGCGUGGCACCGGGCCUCACCAGAGCUUCCCCCGCCUCGUCGCUAAGAAUAAAUUGCCUGCCGUGUCGAACAGCCCAGUUGCUUCCGGGUAAAUCAAGGCCACAUCCUACAGCCUCCACCCCCUCUGACCUCUUCCAGUCAGUUUUGUUUUUCAAAUCUGGGACACUCAAGGACACGCGGCUGCUGAUGGACACAUACUUGGUGCUGCGGGGUCGGACCUGAGACUGUUUUUGUACGCUGAAAACCAACAGGGCGUUUUCUGGAAAAAGCAGGGUGGUAAUCAGGGGAGAAGAGCCUGCAGGGCCGGUUUAACACCCGAGGCCUUUUCUGCUCAUCUUCAAGAACAUUAUGAAGAUGAGGCUGGAUAUUAAAUCCACUCCACGGCAUGUGUGUCGUCUAUAACAUCAGCAGCUUAGCUAACCAGCUCCACUAGAUACAGAUUGAUAUGUUACUGUAAGAUGACCAUUACUAGCACCAGAGGAAGAACAGACUCUUUCAGCAGCAAAUAAACAGACAGUAGGUGUAGGUUUCAGAAUAAAAUGCACAAGGUACUAAAUGAUUUAAACGACCAGUUCACUUAAAAUACAACAAAGAAUUUUUUUUUCCUACUUUUAGUGAUAUCUAAUUAUGCAGAUGGGUUGUCUUGUUUGAUUAGUGAACGUUCUGAGAGGAGUAUCAUAUUUGAAAACUACAGAAAGUUGGGUAAAAUGCCUGGGCAGGUUUCUAGUCAGAUAUUUACUCAAUCAUGACAUGAAACCACCUUUUUAUAGCAUAAAAAAACCCAAUUAAAACCAAACUAAUCAGAAACAUAAACAUACAUCAGCGUGAUAGGAAUGACCAAAAAUGACAGAAACCAUCUUUAGGAAAAAUGUAUUUGACGUGUACUGUAUUAGUUUGCCCCAUGUCCCAUCUGCUAACAUGCGGGGGGCGGGGUUUAAGAACUAUUCUGCAGCCAGCCAAAAGGGGGUGAUCGAGUUGUUUUUGCUCGACUUUUGGGAAGCUGUCAUGACGUCCAUAUUUAUAUACUGUCCAUGAAUCAAACCAAAAAUAUCUGCAUGAUUUGAUACCACUGAAAACAUCAGUCAUAAAUUGUUUGAAAUGGCAUAAAGAACAUUGAUUAAAACAAGAUAAAGAAUUGAGAGUAUCUUCAUAGAGUUUAGGGUUUGCUGAACAGUUUAAAAUGUGUUUUAGUUAGAAUGUCAGAAAAACCUGAUCACUGAACUUGAAAAUUAAUCAGAAGCUUUAAAAUGAAACAGUUGGGGAUGGGAAUCUGUUUCAAAACCCAUUUCAUGAUGUAAAAAACAAUGCAAAAAGCCAUUUGAGGAGUUUUUCUUCCAGGAUAAAGUAACCACUGUUUGUUAAAACUGAACAAAAUGAAGACCAAUUCUGGUCACAUACGUCCUUGUUUGACAGUUUUACAGACUGGAACCUGUUGAUGUUGGAGAUAUUGAAUUACAAGCUUAAAGAAUGUUUUUCUCUUUCAUUGUAGGAAUGUAAGGCUUUGAGCAAACACGCACAAACACUCACACACAAACACACCACACAUAAUUUAGGAGCUUUGAGCUGUAUUUCUGCCAGACUUGAAGCUUACAGACUUCAGCCAUAGAUGCUGUGCCAGCUUAACAAAUGACAAUCCCAGCAGCGUUACAAGUCUGCCUCUGUCAGGCCUCUCCAGUGGGAAACGUUCUUUUAGCUGAUUUAACCACUGGUCAUGGCUUCUCGUUGUUGUCUGAAAAAAAAACCUGAUUUAGGUUGGCUGUAUUUUUUAGGGGUUUUAAAUUUUAAAUAUUUGGACUUUUCACACAGAUAAAAACAGAUUGACUUGACAAGUGUCAGCUCAUCCUUGCCAAGGAGGAUAGUUAGAAAAGUGGGUGAUGUUACAGAGGUUCCCAUUGGACACAAGGUACUACAUGUUUCAGAAUACCUUGAAUGUUUGUAAUAUAGAGUAGAUUUUGCAUUGUUGUAGUAGCUGUUCAGAUGUGCCAGGCUCCUGUUCUGAGCCUGCUUUUAUAGCCACAUUUCAUUCCAAAAGGAGAAGUUCUGCACUUCCAAACAAUUGAUUACUGUUACUAACGUGCAGCCUGAAGAAGAUCCCCAACCAAGGAGUAUGAGAAUGAAAUAAACCUUAUUUAUGAUUUAUUUAGUAAUAAAAGUAAUCUACUAUAAGUAA